AUAACAGGAUUAUAAAAGCGCGAUAAUCCCACUAGGCACUCUGAAAUCAGCAUGCUCAGCUUAGUUUCUAGGCUUCAUCCUAGUGAACUUCAAGCUCAUACAAGAAACAAACGUCAGGUCUGAAAUUUUCUUGUUAUUUUGUCAAACAAACUGCCGACCAUACCCUGACAGGAACCUUCCCUAGAAACUCCUAUUAUCAACUGCAUUCUGAAGGAUCUCAUAUUCACAAAAAGCCAACUCAAAGAAACAAAGAAUCAGAUUUGAAGGGGCCCCAAUAUUAAUUAGAAGCAGGCUUGAGGAAGCUUCAACUAAAGAAUGGAGCAGGUAAAGGAACCAGGCAAAGAAGACAGGGAACAUGUUUUGGCGAUGGCUUGUAGAAUCAUGGCUGGUGUUUCGCCUGUGGCAGCAGCCGAUUCUCAGACUCAGCAUCCAUUUCCAACCCCUUCACCGUUCUCUUUCUCGGGGACUUCUUCAAGGUGGAGCUCAAGACCUCCCAUAGAUCAUUCAACUCUCUUCCUUCGGUUCUUGCUGCUUCUCUUCUCUUUUAUCUCAGCUCUCUCACUGGCUGCCCCCUCAACAAAGAAGAAAGGCCAACGACCUCCUAGCUUCACUCAGUACCCAGAAUUAAUAUACUGCUUCAUUGUAGCCAUUUUAGCUUUCCUAUACGCAGCUUUCCAACUGUUUAAAGGUAUUUGUGACAUUGCUCACAGAGGCAUUCUGAUCUCAGAUAAGACCUCGGACUACCUUAGCUUUGUCCUCGACCAGUUGGCGGGUUACCUUCUCAUCUCAUCUUCUUCAGUGGCCAUACCAAUCAUUCGACAGGUUGAGAAAAGCACACCCGUUUGGAAGGGAACCAUCAUAUCAACUAGCAUGUCCUUUGCAACAUUUCUAGUUAUAGCAAUUUGUGCUCUCUUCUCCGGCUACAAGCUCUGCAAGAGAAACGUCUGGUAAAUAGUGAUUUAGUUUGCUGGCUGGUGUAUGUUACUGUUGUCAUGCUUCCAUCCACAAAUAACUGUUUCAAUACACAGUAUUAAUAAAUUAAAACGGCAUACUGCCGUAUUUACGAUAUCCUUCAGACAUCCAGUUUGAGAUGUAAUCUGGGGGCUUGUAAUGUGACUGAAAGUUUAAGUCUAUGUUAGCAAAACUCAGAUGUCAAAAUAUAACAUGAGGAAAGCUAGACUGUUUGCCACUGGAAAAGGGAUCUAAUUUCUCUUUUUCUGGUGAACGCA